UCUCAAACCAUGAAAUUUAAUGGUUUUGUUGACCUGGGGCAACACACUCCAGAUAAUUUAAAAAAUACAACAGCGGACCAUGCUUUGGUGUUCAAGUUUGUGCCUUUUCGAGACCCCUUACGGAACUGUGAAAAAAAGACAUUGGGAAGCGGUAUUAGAGGAAGAGAAUUAUCGUCAGCCUAACUUAAAAAUCGCUUACAAGUUAACACCAGCGCAUUUGAAACCGAAAGGUUUUCAAGUAAUGAAUGUUCCUCUUGCAACUGAAGUGUUUGGUCACGAAAUUUCGGUCGCCAUGGCUCACUAUCAACCCUAUUGCGAGGAAUUGAAGGAUUCAACUGCAACACAAAAAUUUAUUGAUCUUGUAUUCAAUUUGAUACAAGCUAUGUCUUCGCGUAUACCAAGAGAUGCUCUGUACGUGAAUGAAAAUUGCAGACGAAGAAAGGCAAUCCAGGAAUUUUUAGAAUUCCUUGCAGACUGGGAAAAGCUCGAAAAAAAAAUACCUGUGUCAAGGAGCACGUUAACUGGAUUAAAAGUAACUUUACGGGCAACACUUGAAAUUUUGGAUAUGCUGAAUGUUGCAUGUGAUUACAAGUAUUUGAUGACAGCAACCCUAUCUCAAGAUCCGUUGGAGGUAAUUAAUAAUUACUAAUUAUGUAAUCCAAUGAAUAUGAAUCUGCUUGUAUGGAAUCUGCAUCAUGUAUGCUGCCUUACUUUUGGAGAAAGUCCA